GUCAUAUCUGUGCCAGUCCGUUCACAUUUUUUCAUUUUUAUUUCAGUCCUAGUUGAAAGCAAAACAAUAUGUGCCAAUUACUCUGUCUUGUAAAAGCUAAAUCAAAGAUCAAAGCAAAGAUUUGAUGUUGCAUUGCGGUUGUUUUGGUUCACAUUAUUGUUCACAAUAAACUGGGGGGAGAAAUACCCUUAUUUUAGAUGCCCUUCAAUUGAGUUUAAGUAUGGGUGUACUUGUCACAAAAUUUUAGGAGAUUUCUGAGGAACCCCGAUAACGUCGUAGCUGUGCGCCGGAACCAAGAGGCUAAUUUGGAACUCAUCAAACCGAGCCGUGGCUCUUGUUUGGGUAGUCGCUGGCGGGGAGAGGUGGUUCUGAUACAGCUAGCGGGAAAGCUGAUCCUGAACUAAUUGCCCUUGCACUAGCUCGCUAAAUUGGAGUUGGAGGAAUCUAACGUUAAGAUACUAUAUCUGACGAUAUGGAGUCUGCAAAUCAAGUAGGUGGCUGGUCCUGGCUGACAUCCCCGCGUUUAAUGCGCCUUGGGGCAGACCCUUUGGAUGCAGACGUGCCAAUGGAAGGGGCUGUAGGCGGAGCUGGCCUGACCGAGGAGGAGACUGAGGAGCUGAAACUGGAACUCAGCAAGGUGGAGGAGGAAAUACUCACCUUGCGGCAGGUGCUGUCGGCGAAAGAGCGUCAUGCGGGUGAGCUGAAGAGGAGGCUGGGCCUCACCCCCCUGAGUGAGUUCCGACAGAACAUCAGCAAGGGCUGGCAGGAUGUUCAGACCUCCAAUGUUUAUCUUACAGCCUCUGCAACUUUGGAGGACAUAAGCCGGUCUGAAGCGUAUAAGAGAACUCAGGAGACUUUCUCCCAGGCAGGUCAGAUGACCUCUGCAGCCCUGUCCAGUGUGGGUACAGCCAUCAGCAGGAAGCUGGGAGACAUUAGAGCUCUGCCUUUGUCAAAUUCCUUUGGCAACUACUCCAUUCGGCACUCAAUAAGUAUGCCCACUAUGAGGAACUCCCCAUCGUUCAGGUCCUUUGAAGACAAGGUGGAUAACCUCAAGCAUAAGAUGGCUACCAGAGGCCAAGGGAAUGGAGCUGAAGCCACCUCUCCCAUUGGAACAAGCUCCUCACAGGACCAUGCCCCUUUCUGAAAAGCCAUGCCCCCUCUGGACUGCAUACUCUAUUAUGAGUGCACCAUGACCUAGAUCUCAAAUCCCUUGAACCCAACAUUCUUGAGGGCCAUACCCCCCUCCCCCACCCUACCUGAACUCAGUGCAUAUUUCAUCUCAACCUAAGCUUGACUGCAGAAUGUCAGAACUGUAAACUGUUAAAAAUAAGUUAAAAAUCAAUUUUGUAUGAUGAACUAUUGUACAUAGCUUUGCAAAGUCUUUUACACACAUUGUAUCUAUGUAAUGUUGACUGUAUAAAUAUCUAUUUAUUUACAUCUGCCAGCAAGAGUUCAGGAGAGUCUAGGGUGGCCAUACCCAAAGCCAAAAAAGAAAAAAGAAAGUUAAAAAUAUUUCUAGAUUUUGUAUGUGUAAUGCAAACUAUUGUGUUAAACAAAUGUUCUAGUUACAUUUAUACACAGAGUACAUUGUCAACUAGUGAGAAACAUCACUUCAUUUGAAUGUGGCAUUCCGUUAUGGUCAUCGCCUUACAGUUGAGGUGGUCCUUUGAAAACGUGAUGACAUUCAAACGACACAUUCUGUAUAUGCAGUUUGGUUUUCAUUCCUGGGGCCUGUAGGAUUACUGAGUUAGCUGGAUAACUGCACUGAGUUAAACCUGCAAAAAAUAGUAAACAGCACUGUUUAUGUCAAUCCAAGUUCUAGAUUUGGGAAGGUUCUGGGUUUUACUCAGUGCAGUUAUCCAGCCAACUCGGUAAUCCUGCUUCAUGAUACUGGCCCCAGGCUGGGCAGCAGUAGGUUAAAAAUUAGACGAUGUGCUCUUGUGUCCAUAUGAAUGUAAGUAAAAUGUGGGCUGUCAUUUUUUAGAGGAUAGUUCUGUAACUUAUGCGUUACCCCUCUUUUGAAGAGAGAACCCCCCAUUUGAAAUGAUGAGGAACAGGAGAGGUCCUUGUGCUUAGUUUUGUAUGCAUAUGCUGUCAGUCAUUUGCUUUCCCGGUGCCACACAAACUGUCAUUUAUAGCUGCUUAUGUCGUUUAGGAGUAGGGGGCAUCAAUAAACAACCGAUGGCACCCGCAUGUUAAAAUGUUACAUUACGCACAUUACCAGCCUGUAGAGCCUAGGAAUUCAUACUGAACAGACAUUAAAAUACCUUGCAAAACCUAUAAGGCCAUUUAUUCAUGGAAUUGUGUUAUUUUACUUUUUAUUUUGGACUUAAGAAAUAAAGGACGUUUGUGAA